GUGUGGAAUUGUUGUAACUUGCACUCCUGCACACAGGCAGAUAGAUCCAGCUAUCCAGCAGCGCAGGACUCAGACUGCUACAGAGAUGCAAAACUCUUACAGACCCAUGGAGAACUUCCCCCUGCAGGGAGAUGCAGGAGAUGGAACUGUGGUGGUUUCCAUGCCUGAACAUCCUAAGGAUUACAUAGUUUGGUCCUUGUCCACCCUCUACUUCGGAAACCCGUUCUGCCUGGGGCUGCUGGCCUUUUAUUUCUCAGUAAAGUCCAGAGACCGGAAGAUGGUGGGAGAUCUAUCAGGAGCGAAAUCAUACGGAUCUACUGCUUGCUGUAUCAAUGGAUGGGCCCUCGCUCUGAUUAUUCUCUUCAUAAUAAUCGCCAUCAUCAUUGUAGCAGUAACUGUGCCAGCAAUUGUGGAUCACAUUAAAUCAGAGCCUUCUUAUGGAAAAUACCCAUACGGAGUUUAAAUCAGUCUCUUUGCUUAGCAAAACGACCAUUGUCAGCAUAAAAAGCUUUUCAGGUUGAUCUGAUUAACAUUUCACUCCUUGUUACUGGAUGCUUUGUCUUGUAAGAAUUUUGUUUUGUAAAGAAAAAGUAAAAUUCCACAUGUAAAUGUUUUAUUUUCAUGAUGUCUGAGUAAUUAAAGAGACUCCUUACAUGAAA